ACUUAUUUAUUUUGAAUUUAUUUAUAACUGAAUUUGUUACCUGACGAAUAUUAUCAUGGAAAAACAAGAGGAAAAUUAUAAGAUUAUAUAUAUAGACGAAGAAAAAAUGGACAAAGAAGAAAAUAAUGCAUGUAAGAGGAGAAAGAGCAGGGUAUUGGUUACACUAAUCAUCGGGCUCCUUGUUACCUGCUAUUACAUAUUUGUGGUGGAGCUGUGCAUAUUUACUGUACCAUCACAAGAGUUAAAGGCAACUUUCCUGGUGAUGUUCCACAUUUUGUUCCUCCUGUGUGUGUGGAGUUAUCUUCGGGUUGUUAUAACGCCUCCAGCCGUCCCUCCUGAAACAUUCCGCCUAUCGGAGUCUGACAAGCAGCUGUAUCUGAGUGAGGAGAGGCCAGAAGUGCAGGAGCAAAUCCUCAGCCGUGCGGCCAAAAACUUGCCUUUAUAUUACAAUAUAGAUUCAAAAACACCAAUUAAGUACUGUAGAAAAUGCCAAUUCAUAAAGCCAGACAGGUGCCAUCAUUGUACAGCGUGUGACAUCUGUAUACUGAAAGUGGAUCAUCAUUGCGUAUUUCUAAACAACUGCGUGGGAUUUUCCAACUACAAGUUCUUCCUCCUGUUCCUGCUCUAUGUUCCCCUACUGCUUAUAUUCACUAGUGCAGUGUCCCUUUAUUGCUCCAUACUGUUCUGGACUGGUCAAGUGACAAACAUGGAUUCCAAAGACUCAGUCAUUGCGCUGUUCUGCAUGAGUACAAUGUUCUGUAUAAUCUUUUGUUAUCGGUAUAUUUAUGAACAUUACUCACUGGUUUUAAUGAAUGACACUCUUUUAGAGUUUAAUGAAGGCAUACAUUGUAAGUAUAAUCCCUAUGACUUGGGCUACAGAAAGAACUGGAGACAAGUGUUUGGCAAUAAAAAGAGAUAUUGGUUCAUCCCAAUCUUCAGCAGUUUAGGAGAUGGCUCCUCAUUCCCACUGGGUGAUGCCAAAGACGACAUAGAGAAAAAUGGGGCUAUUGACUGCCAAACUUCUAAAUGAGUCCCAAAAACAACUCUCAGAAGUGAAAACAAUGCAGAAAAGUUCAUGGCGCUUGAAUUUCAUGCAGAAUUUUAGUUCCACAUUAAAGAGAGAGAGAAAAGCUGAAACUUAUCAAGAUGUGUUAUGGGGAGUAUUUAUAAAGAAGUGAAGUUCGUAGACUUUAACUCAUAGCGUCACAGCAUCACAAAUUUGCAACUUUGCUACAUAUUCAAUGUCUUGUUACAGAAACCCUUUGUAAUUGUUAUUGAAAUAAAUAUUUAUAUUUCUCUAAUAUUGUUGCAUCAUUGGUCAUUUUUGUACCUAUAGGGGGCAGCACCUCAUAACUAGGGUGAAAAACGACACCAAUUACAUUUGCACUUACCAAAAUAAUAGAAACAGAUCCAGUGAAAGGUCUAAACUUCAUAAUGGGAUAGCGGCUCAU